AAUUUGGAAAGGAUGAAUCACUUUUUAGAAGUCGUGGGAUCUCAUGAAGGUUUAAUCUUGAGAAAAUGUGUCCAGGUACUGAUCAUUGUCAACAGCCUUUGUAUUACUUCUCGUUUAUUUGCACUUUUUUUUAAUCAAUGACGAGUAUCUCUAAAUUGGUGGGUACUAGAUAAUUAGUUUGCGUUUGAGUUGAAGUUACCUUUGUUUGGCUUGUAAAUUGUUGAUUGAAAGUUUCUGUUUUGGAUUUAUUUUCUGUAGAUGGUGUUGCGCCUCGAGCUAAGAUGAACCAGCAAAGGUCACGACAUUUCAAGACUGCUAAGGAUGCAGCUGAGGAGGCUGCUCAGAAAGUGAAGCUUGAGGAUGAUUUAAUGGAAAAUUCUGGUAAACUUGAUUCAAAUGUCAUCACACCCGGGUCUGAACUCAUGGCAUUGCUGUCUUCAGCACUUCACUUUUACAUAUACUUGAGAAUGAAUGGGGAUCCAAAGUGGCAGGGAAUCAAGGUAACUGUCAUGAUCUUACCCAUUUAUUUAAUUCUCUUUUUCUUUAGUGCAUAUCGAUUCUCACUUAUUAACAUGAGGAUUCUGCAAGUCAUUCUUUCGGAGGCCAGCGUACCUGGCGAGGGGGAGCAUAAGAUAAUGUCAUACAUUCAUUUGCAAAGAAACCUGCUUGGAUUUGAUCCAAAUACAAGGCAUUGUCUAUAUGGAUUGGUAAUUUGAUGAUUCCUUUCAUUUAGACUAGAACCGAUUUACUCAAUACAGGAUAUUGAAAGAUGUUAACAUUUGAAUUUGAUUUAGGAUGCAGAUCUUAUCAUGCUUGCACUAGCAUCCCACGAAGUCCAUUUUUCUGUCUUGCGAGAGGUUUGUGAUGAGCAAGUUAUUUUUUUUUGUUCUUUUAUAUAUAUAAGAAGAUUCUUGUAGUUUUCUCAUCAUCAUCAUCCUUUAUUGUUAUUUAUUUAUUUAUUUUUUGUAUAUGUAGGGUGUCAUGAAGAAUAAAUAUGUAAAAUCCAAGGAGAGGAAUGGGAAAAACGUGAAGGGCUUUUCAAAAGAGAAUCUAAAUGACCAUUUCUUGAACCAGAGAUUUCAGGUAAAUUUUCUGCCCCCUGCCAAUAUUUCUAAUUUGAUACUCCCAAAUUUCACAUCUUAAUUUUUUUUAGAUAAUUUGAUUACCACUUUGAAACUUCUAGUGUUAGUCUAAAGCAUUCUUGUAAUCUGAUACUUCAUAUUUGGGUUUACAUGUUUAGAUUUGUGUGUUUUGGCCAUAAGAAUUUCGUAUUAUUUCUAAUAGAUAUUUCCAUCUUCUGUACAAUUUCUCCAUAUUUGGAUCCUUAGGGAGUAUUUAGCAUAUGCUAUGGGAAUCCCAGAUGUUAAAGGAGAUUUGGAGCGCCUAAUUGAUGAUUUUGUUUUGAUGUGUUUGUUUGUGGGGAAUGACUUUCUACCUCACAUUCCCUCGUUGGAAAUAUCUGAGGGUUAUCACUAUAUAAACUUGUGAGUAAAAUAUGGCAAAUUUUUUACUUGUUAUGUUUUUAUUUCUGUUUAAACUAUUCUGCUUUGUAAGUGUUGAUUUGAAAUAGAUUUAAUAAAUAAAUGAUAACAUACUGCAGCUCUUA